AUGGCUCGGAUCGCCGUGAUCCAGUAUGCACCCAAGAUAGGGCAUGUAUCCGAAAACAUAUCCAGAGCCACCGCAUUGUGCGCAGAUCUUGAACCAGGUUCGGUAGAUCUGGUUUGCCUACCCGAAAUGGUCUUUUCUGGAUAUGUCUUCCGGGAUGCAUCCCACAUAGCCCCUUACUUGGAGACGCCUCGGAAAGGACCGACAUCCGUGUUCUGCUCCCUCCUAGCCGACCGACUUCGAUGCUAUGUGUUGGCGGGCUAUCCAGAGAAGAUAGAUCCUGCCGAACGCCCGAAAAUGCGUCCCUGGACUAUCGGAUACAAUAGCGCAGUUCUUUACGGGCCCGGGGGGAUAUUUGUGGGAAACUAUCGCAAGACGAACCUGUAUGAUACAGAUAUGUCAUGGGCAGAACCCGGUGCUGGAUUCGCCACUUUCAACCUGCCCGCACCCCUCGGACGACUGUCGUUGGGGAUAUGCAUGGAUCUUAAUGCCCAACCACCUGCGGUCUGGACCCUAGAAGAGGGCCCCUACGAAUUGGCCGAACAUUGCCUUUCGACGAGGAGUCGCGUGUUGGUGGUAUUGAAUGCUUGGCUAGACUCCCUCGAAGAUGAGGAUGCUGAAACGGACUGGAGUACCCUGAACUACUGGGCGGCACGCUUACGCCCACUGUGGAGGAAUCGCGGAUCAGUGUUGGCGCAGGCCGUGACCCCGUCCCAGCCUCAUGCUGAACAUGUGACUGUCAUCAUUUGCAAUCGAAGUGGCAAGGAGAGUGGCAUCAAAUUCGCUGGGUCCUCCGCGCUGUUUCAGAUGCAUCCGGGAGUUGGGAAGCCCCGCCUGGUGGACGCCAUGAGUCGGCGGGAGGAAGGAAUACGCGUCUGGGAUACAUAG